AUGGCGAAGGUCGUGGAGGCUGAUUUCAGCAUUAAACCCGAGAAUAUCACGCCUCAGAUUCCUACAUCUGAGUGGCCACUUCUGUUGAAGAACUAUGACAAACGCAAGUCCCCCAAAGUCAUGACCCUCCGAGCUCCAAUUGACAUGACAACUAUAGUGCUGGUUCGAACGGGCCACUUCACGCCGAUCCCUGUCGGCUGCACACCGUUGAAACGCGAUCUCAAAUCCUACAUCUCGUCCGGCGUCAUCAAUCUCGACAAGCCAUCCAAUCCCUCAAGUCACGAAGUCGUCGCCUGGGUCAAGCGGAUAUUGCGGGUCGAAAAGACCGGCCACAGCGGCACCCUUGAUCCCAAAGUCACCGGAUGCUUGAUUGUAUGCAUCGACCGAGCCACCAGGUUAGUCAAGUCGCAACAAGGUGCCGGAAAAGAGUACGUCUGCGUCAUCCGACUACACGACAAAUUGCCUGGAGGAGAAGCGCAGUUUGCUCGAGCACUCGAAACGCUGACGGGCGCCCUGUUCCAACGGCCUCCCCUCAUCUCCGCGGUCAAGCGACAGCUACGUAUCCGAACCAUCCACGAGAGCAAACUAUACGAAUUCGACAAUGACCGGCAUCUCGGCGUUUUCUGGGUCAGCUGCGAAGCCGGAACCUACAUCAGAACUCUUUGUGUCCAUUUGGGAUUGCUGCUGGGUGUUGGUGCACACAUGCAGGAACUGCGAAGAGUGAGGAGUGGAGCGAUGGCCGAGGGCGACGGCAUGGUCACGCUACACGACGUCCUCGAUGCACAGUGGAUGAUGGACAAUAACCGAGACGAGUCGUAUCUGCGCAAAGUGAUUUCCCCGCUCGAGAGCCUCCUGACCACAUACAAGAGAAUUGUUGUCAAGGACAGCGCGGUCAAUGCUGUCUGCUACGGCGCCAAACUGAUGAUUCCCGGUCUGCUACGAUUUGAGGCUGGUAUCGAAGUCCACGAAGAGGUCGUCCUGAUGACGACUAAGGGCGAGGCAAUCGCUCUAGGUAUUGCGAUGAUGUCAACUGUCGAGUUGUCCACCUGUGACCAUGGAGUUGUUGCCAAAGUCAAGAGGUGUAUCAUGGAGAGAGACUUGUAUCCCCGACGAUGGGGUAUGGGACCUGUUGCACUGGAGAAGAAGAAGAUGAAGUCUGACGGAAAACUUGAUAAAUACGGCCGACCAAAUGAGAACACUCCAGCGAAAUGGAAUGCUGAGUACACCGACUACGGCGCGGCCGCCACCACAGAAGGCACGAGGUCCGCCCCUGUCGGGGAGACCACUUCCAAAUCCGACGUUCUUUCUGCUCCACCUAUUGCUCCGAACGGUGAGGCGGGCGGUCAAAUGGAUCUUGACGAGACUGCUGCUGUCCCCGCUGCGACGGAAGCGGCGGCAGAGCCUCCCACGACGAACGGCGAGUCUACUCUGAAACUCAAGAAAGAAGAAAAGGAGAAGAAGCGCAAGAGUAAACACGAGGGCGAGACUCCUGAAGAGAAAGCGGAGCGGAAACGGAGGAAAAAGGAAAAGAAAGAGAAAAAGGAGAAGAAAAGAGAGAGCGGUGUGACGAAGGAAGACAGUGACAGCGAAUGA